UUUUUUUUAUUAUUAUUUUGCAGGAACACGGGGGUCUGCUCCGAAUUUUCCCCGAAGGAAAACCCCAGUUUGCCGACAUCGAGCCCAAAUUUGACCGUCUGCUGCUGUUCUGGUCGGACCGGCGAAAUCCACACGAAGUCCAGCCCGCUUAUGCUACCAGGUAUGCCAUAACCGUGUGGUAUUUUGAUGCAGACGAGCGAGCUAGAGCUAAAGUAAAGUAUUUAACAGCCAUGUUUCCCCGUCUUGAGUUCUCCACAUUGAGGAGGGCUCAGAGUUCGCGCGGGUACACUAAGUGCAGCCGCAGGUGAGAAAGGUGUAAAGGUGGAACUUGACAAAUCCUCAGAUGCCAGCUAAUAGGAGGCCGGACCAGAUCCUCCUUAAAUCAGCCAUUAAGUGCUCUGUGUGAAGAAAGUGGCCUAUAGAGAGCAUGUGCGCGUGUGACUGUGUGAAUUUUACAGUUUAAAGACCUUUUGCUUUGAGUGAACGAUCCAGUGUUUAUGGACAAAAAGAAACAAAAUGCCACAAUUUCUGUUCGUUCUCAGCAGACCUUGAAUGUCACGACAACGGUAUACUGAAAGGGAUUGUGUGUCUUUUACACAGCUUUUACGUUACAGUCAAUAUCUUCAAAUCAUGUCAGCUAAACACAAAUUAAUCUUAAUUUUUGUUGCAUCUUGGUCUUUGCAGUUUAUUCCUUAAAGGUACAAUGUUCUGCAUAUGCUUAAAGUGUUAUGCUUUUCACAUGGAAUCAGCUGCUAUAAGCUACUGUUUGGCAAAAUGUGCUUGAGUUUGCAAUAACAAGGAAUGAUCUAAAAUAAACCACCCAUUUCUGACAUAAA